AUGGCAGGUCGGUGUGAGUUUCUGAUGACAUUUGCGCUCGGCGUGGCAGUAUUUUCGACUGGGGUGGGUGCCUGUCCUUCGGGCUGGAAGCAGUGGAACCAAGCAUGCUACGGAUUUUUCCAAGAACCCAUGUCUUGGACGGAAGCCGAUAACUUCUGCCAAGACAGAGGCAGCAGCCUGGUCGUACCUCAUUCUCGGGCUGAGAAUGACUUCGUCUGGCAAAUGGUAGUGGAACGAUCUGCGCCAAGGGUUAUGCCCGAGCGCGGGCUUUGGCUUGGCUGCUACCGUGUGUCUACUGAUGGAGAACUCGUGUGCUCCGGUGGCACUGAGGAACUCAAGUUCUACAACUGGGCACCGGGCCACCCCAAAAUGAAUGGAUACAAACAGUGUGUGAGGUUUCUCAUAAAGGGUGAAGGGAAGUGGGGGUCGGGGUCCUGCAAAAGACACACCAAGUAUCCUGUCUGCAAGAAGAUUGUUCAGCCUCCCGUACGAUGUAUGCAAGCCAACGCAAACGGGCGCUUCGUCAGCGACUCACAGAUGUUACAGCAAAGGGCGUGUCUUUACUUGCACCAAAACGGCUUUGACAUUUAUGUAUUGGCUCUUGACUGGAAGGGAUUAUAUUCUAACCACAGCACAGUGACUGUCCAGCUAUUUUGA